AUGAGCUCCAGACGAUUUACAGCUGAAGAAGCUUUUUCGCAGCUUAUGAACUGGGAUAGUGAUGUAGAGGAAGAGGUUUCAGAGACAGAGGAUCCUUCAGAGCCAGAGGACAAUGCCAUUGAUGAUCCAGAUUUUCAAUUUUCCCAUGAUGAGGAGGAUUCAGAGGACGAGUCUGCAGGUGUCCCUUCUUCAGAUGAAAACCAAGAAAUGCAACAAUCGUCAUCCACAGAGGGGACAUGGACAUCUAAAGAUGGUAAAAUAAAAUGGUCAACAUCACCACACCAAAGCCAAGGUAGAUUGUCAUCUUGUAAUGUCAUCAAAAUGAUUCCUGGUCCUACAAGAUUUGCUGUCACAAGAGUUGAUGAUAUUGAAUCAGCAUUUCAGCUCUUCAUAUCCCCACCCAUAGAGAAGAUAAUCCUCAACAUGACCAACUUGGAGGGGAAGCGUGUCUUUCAAGAGAAAUGGAAGCCACUGGAUCCGACUGACUUGCAUGCUUACAUUGGAAUCCUGGUGUUAGCUGGCGUAUACAGGUCAAAGGGUGAAGCAACUGCAAGUUUAUGGAAUGAAGAGAAUGAAAGGCCAAUCUUCCGAGCAACAAUGUCUUUGGAGACAUUUCACAUGAUCUCUCGUGUGAUCCGAUUUGACAACCGUGACACCAGAGCUGAUCGACGUGAGAGAGACAAACUUGCAGCAAUCAGAGAUGUCUGGAAUAAAUGGGUCGAAAUCCUGCCUUUAUUGUAUAAUCCUGGCCCCCAUGUUACUGUCGAUGAGCGCCUCGUUCCAUUCAGAGGACGCUGUCCAUUCCGACAGUAUAUGCCAAACAAGCCUGCGAAAUAUGGCAUCAAAAUGUGGGCAGCCUGUGAUGCAAAAUCCAGUUAUGUUUGGAACCUGCAAGUAUAUACUGGAAAGCCACCUGGAGGAAGACCUGAGAAGAAUCAGGGAAUGCGUGUGGUUUUGGAGAUGACUGAAGGGCUGCAAGGUCAUAACAUUACAUGUGACAACUUCUUUACAUCCUACCGUCUUGGAGAUGAACUUCAGAAGAGAAAGCUGACUAUGUUGGGAACAGUCAGAAAAAAUAAGCCAGAACUUCCCAGUGAGAUUCUGAAGAUGCAAGGAAGACCUCUGCAUUCCUCAAAAUUUGCUUUCACAGAGAAAACAACACUUGUUUCUUACUGCCCAAAAAGAAACAAGAAUGUUCUUGUGAUGAGCACAAUGCACAAAGACGCAUCUCUGAGCACACGAGAGGACAUGAAACCGCAAAUGAUUCUGGAUUACAACUCCACAAAAGGGGGAGUUGACAAUCUUGACAAAGUCACAGCAACAUAUAGUUGUCAGCGCAAGACUGCCCGUUGGCCUUUGGUGGUUUUCUACAACAUUUUGGAUGUGUCUGCUUACAAUGCCUAUGUGCUGUGGAUUGAGAUCAACCAGCAGUGGAAUGCCAGCAAACUGUACCGACGUCGACUUUUCCUGGAAGAACUAGGCAAAGCACUCGUCACUCCAAAGAUCCAGAACCGGGUCAGGCCAGCUAGAUCCCCAGCAGCUGCUGCUGUCAUCGCAAAGGUCCAGGGCAGGGCAUCUGACCAACCCACAAUGGAUCCUUUGGAUACAGAGGACGCCAUCUCCUCUGUGGUCCACUCUGCUCUCAUUCACCUGGAGCAGAAGGACUCCUAUGUCCAUAUGCUCCUUGUGGACUUCACGUCUUCCUUCAGCACCAUGAUUCCACAGAUCCUGAUGGACAAACUACUCACAUAG